GCGUGGCAGCAAGCGAACCGCACACCGCGAUGACUUCGUCGAUGCGAUCGCGAAACGCGACGAAGAACGCGCCGACGGCGUCCACCGUCAAGGACACGCAACAAGAUGAAAAGAUUCAUGGCGUAGACGACGACGAGAAGCGUUUGUGGUCUCCAAACUUUCACUCGGCGUUCAGUCUCUUGGCCGUCGUGCGUGUGUUGUCGGCACUUGUCAAUAUCAUCUCGGACUGCGAUGAAGUGUUCAAUUACUGGGAGCCGCUGCACCACCUCAUGCAUGGGUUUGGUCUGCAAACUUGGGAGUACAGCCCUGCGUACGCGUUGCGAUCGUACUUGUACCUGCUAGCCCACGCAAUUCCAGCCAAACUUGGUGCGGUUCUCGUGUUUGGCAACACAAAGCUGGGGUUCUUCUUUGGGUUGCGAGUUGCUCUCGCCUUCAUUUCCGCGGCGUCGGAAGCUCUCUUCUACCGCGGCAUCGUACAUGCCUUUGGACCUGUCGUCGGUCGCUACACCUUGGCGCUCCUCGCGUUCAACAGCGGUCUGUUCCUUGCGAGCACGGCAUUUCUCCCCAGUUCGUUUGUCAUGUAUCUCCUCAUGCUGUUCUCGUACGCGUGGAUGGUGUCGGACAAGUCAUUCAGCGUCAACGCGCUCGUCGCUGGCGUCACCGCCGUCCUGUGCGGGUGGCCGUACGUGGGGGUGAUGUGCGUGCCAUUCUUCUUCGACUCCAUUGUGCGGUUUGGCGUCGUACGCCCAAUUCGAUUCGGCCUCGUCGUCGUGUCGCUGGUGUUGGCGGCAGAACUCGCCGUCAACUACUUCUACUACCGCAAGCUCGUCCUCCCCGCGCUGAACAUUGUCGUGUACAACGUUGUCUCGUCUGGGUCUGAACUGUACGGCAUCGAGCCAUGGCACUACUACGCUCAGAAUCUCGUUCUCAAUUCCAACAUCGCAGCCGUCUUGGCUCUCGUGAGCGUCCCUUUGACCGUUGGCAUGGUGGCGAUGGGCCGCCACCGCGCACAGACGAUGCGCCAAGCGUUGUUUCUAUCGCCAUUGUGGAUCUGGCUCGGGAUCAUGAUCGUGCAAGCGCACAAAGAAGAGCGAUUUCUAUUCCCGGUGUACCCGCUCGUCUGCGCCGCGGCCGCAUUCUCGCUCAAAGCCAUCCACGCCGUCGUCACGGCCGUGCUGCCUCGGCGACUCGGCUCCGUCGUCGUCGCAAUCGCGUUGAUCUUGUACACGACGCUGUCGGUCAUGCGUGUCGCGAGUGUCUCGACGCAGUACGGUGCCCCCAUUCGGCUCUACCAGCACAUGGCCACGGAAGUGCUGCCGUCGGCCGAACCGACUGUACCGAAUGCGCACGUGAUUGUGUGCGUUGGAAAGGAGUGGCAUCGGUUUCCAAGCCAUUUUUUCUUUCCCGACCACGUACGACUGCACUUUAUCCGCAGUGGGUUUCGAGGGCAACUCCCCGGGUUCUUCAACACGACCCACAACGUACCGCCCAACAUGAAUGACCAAAACGUGGACGAACCGUCCCGCUACGUGCCGCUCAGCACGUGCGACUUUGUCGUCGAUCGCACGGUCCCACCAGCGUCGGCCCACCCGGACGAGCCUGGGUUUGAUUUGCACGCGGACUGGAUCGAGCUCCACGCCGAGCCGUACUUGCUCGCGGAGGCCUCCCACCGCCUCUUCCGAGCAUUUUACGUGCCAUUUUACACGCCGUCCCACGUCAAGUUCACGUCGUACGCCGUGUAUGGCCGCAAGACGAAAUAAUUCAAAACACCUGAGUGCGUCAUGAGUGAAAAAACGGGGCGCCACCACCCGCGUGCUGCCCAUGACGCCCCAACAUGGCGCGGUCGCGUCGGCAUCACACGCAGGGCAGCCAUGGAACACGACAGGUAUCGAAAGAGAACUUUGAUUUUCAAGUCAC